GUUAAAUAUACUCACCAACGCACUGUCGGAGUCCGUCAUCCGAUCGACCAUGGACUUUGCGUUCUAAGCGGGUUCUGUUCACUUUCCUUAAUCGUAUACACCAGUGAGAUGGGAACGGGACGCAGGCGAAGUGGAACCGCCGAAUCCAUCGUUCUUCGAGGGAUUUUGCGUUAUAAAAGUAGGAGAAGAAGAGGAAUAAAUCAACUGCUCUGUGCUUUUCUCAUUUCGAUCGGCCCCUAAUCCAGGAUCCAGAUUAGUUUCUCCUGCGAAGGCGUUCGAACCGAUUAGGUUGAGGAGUGAUUCGGAAGCAGAGAUAAGGGUGGCGUAAGGAAGGAUUAGGAAAAAUGCCUCGAAAAGUUAAUUAUGGACUUGACUAUGAUGAAGACUAUGAUGCAUAUGAUGAUUAUGAUGAUUAUGACUAUGAUUAUGGUGCCGAAGGCAAUGGUUAUGAAAAUGAUAAUGGUAUGGAAGGAGAUGGAAAAUCGUCUCAGCAAGCCACUAAAGUUAGCAGACCUCAGAUGUGGCAGUGCUCCAUUUGCACAUAUGAUAAUGAUGAGAGUUCAUUGUCUUGUGAGAUAUGUGGAGUUAUCCGUGAUUGCUCUGUCAACUUUAGUGACAAUGCUGUUGGCAUGUCCAAAAGUUCAGGAGCAUCUAUAAUGGGCAAGUCCAAUAUUGCACAAGUGCCUUCUGCACCUCUCCAAACCAAAAUAACUUCUGUGGAUUUUCCAAGUAAAAAAGCUAGCAAGUCGUUUGAGAAAGUUCACAUGGUGCAGUCAGCUUCUACCAGGGCAGCCGCCAAUGUCAACAAAGAGGGGAUAUCUGUAACUAGUGAAAUAAUUGACAAGUCAUCUGUUUCAUUGUCUAAAGCCAAUCCUUUGGAUGAAAAUGAGAGCAGCAGUGCCAGGGAUGUUGAAGAUGCAACAAAAAAUCUAGCCAGCAACCUAGACCAUUUGAAGCUGAAUAAGGAUACUGUGAAUCGUAAAAAAGCAGCUUCACAUGCUCAGUACAAGCCAGAGAAAUGGAUGUUCCUGGACCAAGAACAAGGAAGUCUGAGCCAGUUAAAUCUUGCAAUAGUUGGUCAUGUUGAUUCUGGAAAAUCAACACUCUCUGGGAGAUUGCUCCAUCUUUUGGGACGAAUAUCGAAGAGAGAAAUGCACAAGUAUGAGAAGGAGGCGAACGAAAUGGGAAAAGGAUCAUUUGCUUAUGCAUGGGCAAUGGAUGAAAGUUCUGAAGAGAGGGAGAGGGGUAUAACAAUGACAGUGGCUGUUGCAUAUUUUGACUCAAAGAAAUAUCGCAUUGUUUUACUGGACUCCCCUGGCCACAAGGAUUUCGUCCCAAAUAUGAUAUCUGGUGCUACACAAGCAGAUGCAGCCAUUCUUGUUGUUGAUGCAUCCAUUGGGUCCUUCGAAGCAGGUAUGGAUGGUAAUGGUGUUGGACAGACAAGGGAGCAUGCCCAACUUAUCAGAAGUUUCGGUGUCGAGCAAAUUAUUGUUGCUGUUAAUAAGAUGGAUGUGGUUGGAUACUCAAAGGAAAGAUUUGAUUUCAUAAAAUUGCAUCUCAGCUCCUUUCUACACUCUUGUGGAUUCAAGGAUUCAUCAGUGACUUGGAUACCUAUUAGUGCCGUGGAAAACCAGAAUUUGGUCAAAGCUUCUUCUGAUGUGCGUUUAUCUGGCUGGUAUCAAGGACUAUGCCUGUUGGAUGUGAUAGACUCUCUGCAGCCUCCUCUACGGGAUGUUUCAAAGCCACUUAUUCUUCCUAUAUGUGAUGUCAUCAAGUCACAAUCCAUGGGACAAGUGGCAGCUUGCGGGAAACUAGAGACAGGAGCUAUCCAAAAUGGUUCAAAGGUUUUAGUAAUGCCUUCAGGGGAUUUAGCUAUGGUACGAUCUAUCGAACGAGAUUCUAGUAGAUGCAGUGUAGCAAGAGCUGGUGACAAUGUAGCUGUCAGCUUGCAGGGCAUAGACUCAGGUCUUGUGAUGCCUGGUGGAGUGCUAUGUCAUCCUGAUUUCCCUGUGCCUGUGGCUACCCGUUUGGAACUGAAGAUCAUUAUCUUGGACAUUGCAUCACCUAUUCUAAUUGGGUCUCAGGUCGAAUUUCAUAUAUAUCAUGCAAAAGAAGCUGCAAGGGUGGUAAAGAUAUUGUCGUUGCUGGAUCAGAAGACUGGGAAGGUCUCUAGAGUGGCACCGCGGAUCCUUAAAGCCAAACAGAAUGCUGUAAUAGAGGUUGCACUUGAUAGGGCAGUAUGUGUGGAAGAAUAUUCCAAAUGCCGGGCUCUUGGAAGGGCAUUUUUGCGAUCCUUGGGAAGCACCAUUGCGGUUGGUGUUGUUACCCGGGUAAUUGAGUGAUUUGUAGCUCCUUGGGCAGCAUCUAUUAAUAAACAUGAUGAAUUCAUGGAAAUUACCAAAACCACCAUCAUAUAUGCACAAGAACCAUGGUUCAUCAGAGGUGCAAAAAAAAAAAAAAUAAUAAUAAUAAUAAAAUAGAGCAGCCCCACAAAGGCUAUGGGCAGUUUUGGCUUGUUUUUGGUUCUUGUAGAUUUAUGUCAUGUAUGUAAUGUAUGGUCAUUGCACUUUAUGGUUCUAUGUGCUUGAGCUGCUACUAAAUUUAUUACUAGAUUUUUAACUGAGUUGGUAUGGGGAUUAUAGAGGCACUGUAAUUCGGUUAUUUAUAUAGUUUCAUUGGCUGUAUUAUCUUUUUGGAUCUCA